AUAUAAGAUAUAUAAUUUAGAGUUUGAAAUGUUAAAUGUGAGAUCAAUAAAUUUAAAAUGAAUACCUGUGAAUGCAUACAAAGGUAAAUCAGAAUACAUAUCGGCUAACGGUAAAAUGUAACAAAAUUUUCAUAUUUUCACCGUCAAUAGAUAUGCACUUUCAUUCAAUUUAUACUCCUAAAGAUUUUUACAUGUAAUAUUAAGUUACCUUUAAAAAUAAAUUAAAAUACUGAAAGAAAACAUAACAAAUAUAUAACCAUGAUAUAAUUGUGUUUUCUAAAAUGCAAUUAAUAACGAUAACUGGUUGCUUGAAUGCCACUAAGAUUUUGAUUCUAUAUUGGUUGAAUUAGUCACCUAUGUCUGAUAUAUCAUUAAAAUUUAACUGAUUUAAGCUAACCCACACAGCACCGAAAAUUUACUGUACAUUUUUAAAUCUUCAAGUUCAAAUUUCGGAAUUUUUAGUUUAGAGAUUUAGUAAAGGUUGUAUAAAUAUUAAAAUGUCCGCCCUGAUUAAAUGUUUGGUGCGAAAGUUCACUUAACAUUUAAAUCAAAGCUUCAUUAAAUGUUGAGUAAACUUUCGCACCAAUCAUUUAAUGAGGGCGGACUUUUUAAUAUUUAUACAACCUUUACUAAACCUCACAACUCAACGUUCCAAAGUUUGCACUUAAAGUUGUAUAAAUGUGCAGUAAAUUUUUCGGUGCUGUGUGGGAAGAGAGUAUAAGAUAAAAUAAUAAGUUUGUUUGAAAUAAAAAGAAUAAUUGAUUACGUUUUUGGUAAAGAGCCACAAUUGCAGGUGAGUACAUUGAACGGCGAUAGAAGCCAUCCGCCCCUGAUUUAGAUUCUUUCUCGCUUUCCUGACGCUUUUAGCUCAGUUUCGGCUGAGAGGCAGAUCUUUGGGUCGAGUUGUUCAGGUUAAAAGGGUGUGUGAAUCGCUCUCGUAUUCACGAUUGUCAAACAUCUUAAAGAAGAUCUUGAAAAGAAAUAUCAGUUAAACUCGGUCCAGAGAGAUCGAACGCUUAAAGUAGCAGUGAGUGAGAAGGGGAUGGAAAACGAGCAAAGAGGUCGUGCAUUCCGAGCAUCCUCCACCUCCAGCCUCGGUCGCGAGGUUCGAUGUGGUUGUCAGUUUUACCAGAGUGAUUCUCUCCUCCCUGAACGUUCCACUCUCGUAGGCAGGCCACCAUCGAGGUCGAUGAUGCAUUCCCCAUCGGCUCAUGUGCGGGUAUACCAUCCAUGCAGUGAGCACGAGUAUGAACCAAUUGCAUCUCCACCUCCACCGCCACCACCGCCGGUAGUAAGCAUGGUAGCACCGGUGGUUCGAAUAACGGACACGGAUAUUAUGCCUGUAGCAGACAGUGAUGAUAGUAUUGACGACCGAGGACGAUUCAACUUAAGGUUGGCCCUCGAUGGCGAUAUAAUUGUGCCCCUUGAUGGCAAGAUUGAAGACAAUGCAAUGGCAGGACGUGAACUUGGUGAAACUAUUGACACUUCCGACGAAAUGGAAAGUGAACAGCUUCAAGAAAAAUUGGACGAUAAUUUCCCGAAAAUGCCAGAUCCUAAUUUGGAACUAAAGGUUCAGGAAGAGACUAUACCUCCUCAGGUAGUUGUGCCAGUAAAAGAAGAGUCUCAAAAGAAACAAACUAACCAUGGCAUACAAGAAAAACUACGCAAUCAAGCUGACAAGCUAAGUUCUCGCCUUAAAGGUUUUCAACGGCCUAGUUUCACUAUUCCUGCACGUUGCAAGUUCAAUAAAAAGAAAGCUUCACCAAUAUCUGUUUUAGAAAAUCAAAAACCUAAAAAAGCAAAUAGAUUGGAACGAUUUAAAAUAUCACUACCCGAACGGCCACGUUUUCAAUUUCCUGGCAUGUCAAAAUUGAGCUUAAAAAAACAUUCAAAGCUUAAUAUUAAACGUUCUAAAAUAAAACGCACUCCCUCUAAACAGGAGCAACAAAAACAAGAUUCAACAAAAUCAACAUACGGAUCGCACAAGAAUAUUUUUUCACAUUUUUCAAGUUGUCAAAAAAUUUUUGAUUGGAAAGCAAAAAAUAAAAGUGAAUACGCGACGUCUUCACCGAAAGAGACACGUGCUCAUGCUGUCGAAAGUUUCACUUAUCCACGUACCAAGAAUACUCUCAAAGAUCGAGGGAACCAAGGAUUUAAAGACAAUAAAUUGUUAGAUGAGGAAAUGGCUGAAGAAAGGGUCGCAAUAGAGAGAAGUCGACCAUGGAGGCACGCUUCUCUGGAAGAACCGCGAUUGGCAUUCAGAAUACAAGCAUCAGAAUCUCAAGAAGAAUCGGAAAAUCUACCCUGGGAAGUUGAACAUAAAACAUUUGUAUAUCAAGAAGAACUACAAUUCGUUGAUUAUGAAGAAGAUUUCCAAGAACCAUCUUGUCAAAUAGAAGAUGCGGAAACAGAAAAAGAUGAUGAAGAAGAAACAAAAUUAAGGAUUAUAAGAUUGAAACAAAUUAAAGAUUUCGACAACAACGGCAAUAAUGAUUUUGGAGAUUCUAAUCCUUCAUUGAACUUUAAUCAGAUCGAAAUCAGAAAUAUGUCUUAUGAAGAAAACUCUCCAGGUCCUUCUAAUGCUGAACAACAAUCUAGUGGAAGUUCCUGUGAAAAGCGUUGUCAAGGUAUCAUUCAAGAUACAGAUUCAGACAAUUUUUCAUUUCGUGAAGGUGAUAGUCAUGAUGAUAUUUUUGUGCAAAAGUAUCUUGCGAAAAAUUUACAACUUGAUGAAAAUACAUACAUAAAUUCACUUACCGACGUUGGAGUGCCUCCUGUACCUCCUCAACGACCAAAUCGCACGAAAUCGUUGAGAAAGAGAAACGAUAAAUUUUUAAAGUCACUUAAUUAUUCACAGCCUAUGGAUGAGAGAAACGAAAAAAUACAUUGCAGUGAUGUUUCAUUAGACCAUCUGAAUAGAACGGAUAGCUUUUCUAAUUCUUCUCACAGAAUAGUUUAUCGAGCGGAAACUGUAUCUCGUGAACAAUCUCCAAUAGAGUAUUUAGAUGAUAUCAUUAUCUUAAAACCCACUCGCAGAAAGUCGAAAAGUUCCUCUUGUAGCCAACCUGAUGCACAUAUUGAGUCUACAAAGAACUUUAUUGAUGAUACUUCAGCAAAAUUGUUUUCACCAACUGUUCCUUGUCGUAGAAAACGAACUCGGAAUCAGAAUAUAAAUGGAGACAUUGCUCAAGAACAUGUAUUAACCAAUUCAAUUUGUAACGGUCACAAAAAUAUUUUAGAAAAUUCUUUAAAUAAUCAACUUUCAUCAAAUAACUCCUUUAUGUUUUUACCAGUCAAUGCAGAAGAGAAAGAAAAUCUUUUACAAAGUAUAGAAAGUGAAAUUUUUCAAGUUCCACCAAUACCUCCUAAAAGGAGAUCUCGGUCUAGGACUGCUUCUAUCAUACAAGAUGAAAAUCAUUCUUUGAAUGAUAUUGAAUCGAUUCCGGGAAUGUAUUUUGCCGAUUGUGAUAUUGCUCAAGACGAUCUUCAAGAGCAGUUGUCUGGUUAUGCUGUUAUAGAGAAACGUGAGAAACAAUCCAAACUUCCACCACCUAGACAACGAAGACACAAAAGUGCAACAAAUCUGAGACCCACAACACCAAAGCGAACACAAAGAGCGUACAGCACUUUGGGUCCGGUAAAAAACAUUUCACCUGAAAUAGAAAAUAUAAUUCAAUCAUCAGACGACGUUACACAAUAUGUUAAUAUCGAUUCAGAUGAAGAACAUAAACAUUUAAGAAGUGAAUUUCUUAAUAAGGUACAAAGUCGGCCUUUACCAGCUCCACCCAGACCACCCAGAUCACACAGAAUGUCAAAAAAAUCCGGGGAAUAUUACGAACCUGAAACUGUACGUGAGAGUGGUGAAGCAGUUGCAUCUACACAAACUGAUCCACUAUCUGAUGACGAAGUAAUAGAAGAAGAAAUAACCCAAGCUAAACUUGUCAUGACACCUUCAAGACAUGGUUCUCAAAUAUUGAUCUCAACAGAACGUAUACCAACUCCAAUCCCUCUGCAAACAUCUCCCUCGCCUCGCAUUUUUGGUGAACCACAAGAAAGUACAGAUUCAAUUCAACCACUAAAAAUUUCAACAAAAGCUGAAGAAAUAAAUCAAGAUCGAGAUGAUAUUUUGAGAACAGCUUUACUUUCCGAAGAACCGUUAAGAAUUAAUAGCCUCGAAGUGGGGGAUUUGCGAGUGGAUCGUCUUACUGUUUCUCAAUUGGAAGCCUUUAAAAUUGCAGCUUCUGAAAUCGACGCAAUGGUUGUUUCAGCUUCUGAACUAACAGGGGAAGGAAGCAUUAAAGAAAGUGGAAUAAAUCAGUCAUUGCUUCAAGAAUUAUUAGCUAUCAGAGAUCAUUUAGAAACUGUAGCACAAUUCCAAGAAAGGCCACGUACUACAACAGAAGAUGCAUAUACAGCCACCAAUAACGAAGAAAUUAAUAUCACAUCAAUCGAUUCACAAGUAACGGAUGAUAUUCUACCUAGUCCUAUGCAACAAGUCGAAUCCCCAGCAGAAACAGGAUCAGGUAAAGUAGAAAUAACGGAAACGAAAAUCAAUAAAGUAGUUGAGCAAAUGGCGCGAGCAUCCAUACAAUCAGAAAUUUUACAAAAACAGGUUUUACAGGUCAAAAAUCUGAAACCUGAGACUGAAAUCGAAGCUGAGGUGGAGCGCGCAACUUCACGUGAGUCAUCCGUAGAUAAAGAUGAGAAACUCUGUCCGAAAAUAAAAAGCAGUUCAACAUCGUCAACAACACCGUAUGUGCAUCAUUUACCUAGACAAAUUCCAUCAGUUGUAAAAUCUUUUACACCCGUAACAAACACAUUAGAAAUAAGACCAACUCAUGGAACAUCUUUGGAAAUGUCAUCACAACAAACAAUCACUUCACACGUAAAUGGAAGUGAAUUUACAAUUGAAACGUCUCAAAUACCCCCUCAAUUUUUUUCUUUAGCUUCGCCUAUCUCUCAACCAGUUGAAACUGAACUCAGUCUUACGGAAACCACUCGUCAAUUAUUAAGGGCUAUUCGUAUUGUUGGGACAAGAAAUUUAAGGCAUUUUGUGAAUUACAUUGCCUCAAGGGUGGGCAGAGAAGAAGCAAGCGACAAAAUUAGAGAAGUAGAAUUAGUUCUGUGUGCCUUACUACUGAUUGUUGCUGGAUUAUUAAUUGUAUUAUUUGGAAGUCCACGCACUGUAACUCAUCAUCACCACUGGGAUUAUUUUAAUCCGCCACAAUAAUAAUCAUAUUUCUACUAAAUCUAUCAACAAAAAGUCAAUUGCAUGACCGAGGAGACAAAUUUUAGUUGCAGUAUCAUUUUGCCUUGAUGAUCCAGCAAGAAAUCUUCCAAGUACACCAAGACUCUAAUUACUUUUAUCCUAAUACGAUUGACGCAACGAAUUAUUUAUCAUGGAGAUUGUUAGCACUGCCGUUAUGAAAUCAAAUGGAAGGCAUAUCAUAUUGUAAAAUUGAACCUUCUAUAAAAGUAUAGAAUAUUUAAUAUUCUUCACUUAUCUUCAAUAACUUUACUUUACUUAAAUAUGUAAAAAUAAAUAAGAAGCCUUUUUUGCCAAAUUAUGAUAUUACUGUUAUAACAAUUUUUUUAAAUUUAGUUUUAUCACUGGUAGGACAAAGUAUUAUCAACUGACGUGUCUUUAUAAUAUGAUGUAAAAUUGCUACCUUCACAGUAAAUUCUUUGGAAAUUUUUUGGUACUGUGAGGGUAGUAUAAUGAAAUAUUAGAAGCUGUAUGUAAAGUCAAUAAGUUUAACGCCUAAAAUUUAUACGUGUUGUUUAAUUUUGUAAUAAUUGAAAUCCAAUGUUUUUUUACAAAAGGGAUAUAGAAGAUUUGCAAAUAGAUAAAUUGAUGCUUUUAAAUUUUAGAAUGACAAUUACUUGUAACCUCUAAUAAGUUCUAAUAAUAGAUGAAUCGAUGCGUUUUCAAAGCGUCUAUAGAUUAGUUAAAAUAUAUUAAAAUCUACAUGAAAAUUUAAUACCAAAAGAACCACAAAAAUAAUUUUUUACAAAAUUUUAAUUUUUCAAAUAUUAAUAAAUCUGAAUAGCAUAACAGCAGAAUGUUCACUAAUAAAUGAAAAAAAUGCGUCUUAAAAAACUACAAAAUGAAAGAAAAAUAUCUUUAUAGAUCAUUAGGCUUGAUCUUUUGAAAUCAAAGAUAUAAAUGGUAUCUCUAAAGCGUUUAAGGUAUUCAAGAUACUUAUGAAAAUGUAAUGUAUAUGCAUACACUUAAUACACAUACCGAAUGGCAUUUUCUAAGAAUGUGAUUUUUGAAUUCCUGAGGUCAGAAAACAUAAAUAUAUGUCAAAAAAUUAAAGUUGAAAAUUUUUGGUAUUGCAAUACUUCCUCUAUGAGGAAGCAAUAUAAAUAAUAAAAAUUGAAAAGAGAA